AUGCUUGAACUUGCUCAAAGUUUAAUAUUAAAUGAAGAAGCACUUAAUAGUUUACCAGAAAAUAAACGACCUGUAUUUAUUUAUGAAUGGCUUUGUUUUUUAAAUAAAGUACUUGUUGCUGCACAAAAGAAUGAUAUUCGUGAAUGUCAACCACGUAUUGUUGAACAACUUAUGCAACAAGUUCAAUAUGCACCUGGUCCACCAAUACGAACAUUAAUUGGUCGAAAUUUAGCAACAUUAUUUAGUGUUGGAGAUCCAUUUCCAUUAUUUAAUACAAUUAAUCGUUGUAAUGAUGCAUUAAAAUCAAAAGAUGAAACUGCUAAAUUAGCUACUGUUGUGGUUAUUGGUGCACUUUAUGAACGUCUUGGUCGAUUAGUUGGUCGUUCAUAUGAAGAAACUGUUCAAUUGUUACUUAAAACAUUAAAAAAUGGUGAUUCUCAAAUGCGUUUUGAAAUUAUGUUUACAUUUGAACAUAUUAUUAAUGGACUUGGGUCAGCUGGUAAUAAUAUUCAUCGAGAAAUAUUUAAAGUUGCCAAAACGUAUAUAUGUGAUCGAGCAAUGCCUGUUCGUUCAGCUGCUGCAAUGUGUCUCAUUGCUUUAAUUAAUCAAAAUAAUUUUAUGUAUACAAGUGAAUUAGAAGGAAAUGUAACAUUAGGUUUUCGUGCACUUGAUGGUUCAAAUUAUGAAGUUCGUUGUUCAAUAGCAAAAUAUUUAGCAGCAUUAUUAGCUGCAACACAAGAAACAACUUUAAAUCAAAAUCAAAAUACAAUGAAUAAAUCGAAUGCUAAUGCAACAAAUAUGAAAAAAAUUAAAACAGAAGAUUUAUUAAAUUAUUUAGCUGGUGGAUUUUUACGUGGAAAUAUUGGAUUUUUAAAAUCAAAUACAACUGAACGUAUUAAAGGACCAACAACAGUUCAACGUGAAAUACGUAUUGGUGUUACUCAUACUUAUGUCGAAUUAGCUCUUGUACUUGGUACAUCAUGGAUUGAACAAAAUUUAUCUUUAUUUAUAAAUCAUAUACUUGAAUUAGCUGGAAAUCCUCGUGCAUCAACAUCGCAUGUUGAUGCUGUUUAUUCACGUAAAUGUAUUACAUUUAUACUUCGUUCAGUUAUUGGUUCACGUCUUGGUGAAAAAGCACAAUUUGCUGCUGCAAAAGAAUAUGCAACAAUUAUAACACGUUAUACAACACCACAAUUAAUAACAAAUAAUACAAAUUCGUCAACAAUAUCAACAAAUGACUUACAUAUGUCAACUGGUUCAUCAUCACUUAAUUCAAGUACAAAUUCAAUGGUACAAUCAUAUGCAUCAUCAUCAACAAAUACAUUUGAAUCAUCAUCAAAUAUUGAAUAUACUCAACAUAUACUUAUUUGUGCUUUACAUGAACUUAGUUUACUUGUACAAAGUCUUGGAACAUCAACAUCAUUAUUAUUACAAGAUAGUUGUAAUGGUUUAAUAGAUACACUUUUUUUAGUUAUACUUAAUCCAUCACAUAGUGUUAGAUUAUCAGCUGCAUGGUGUCUUCGUUCGAUAACAACAGCAUUACCAUCACUGAUGACGCCAUUGAUCGAUCGAUGUCUAGAUAAAAUGAAGACUUUAGCAAAACAAACAACUUCUUAUAAUACUGAUGCUAUGUCAGGAUUUGCACUUGCUUUACAAGCAUUACUUGGAGCUGUUUAUCGAUGUCCAUUAGGUAUUCCAUCACAACGUGCUAAAACAAUAUUUGAUUUUGCUGAUGAUCUUCUUCGUACAGCAACAACAUCCAUAGCUGGUCAACAACAAUCAUUAAUACCACGUGUUAUAUUACAACGUACACACACAGCAUGGCAUUUACUUGCUGCAUGUUGUACACUUGGACAACAAGUUAUAAAAAAAUUUGUUCCACGUUUAGUUCUUCUAUGGCGUAAUGUAUUUCCACGAUCGCAAGCUGAUUUUGAACAAGAAAAACAACGUGGUGAUUCAUUUACAUGGACACUUUCAUUUAAUCAACGUUCAGGUGCACUUUGUUCAAUGAUAUCAUUUUUAAAUAAUUGUUCAACAGGUGAUGAUCAAUUAAUAACAGAUGAUUUACUUAAACGUAUGUUAAAUCCAAUUGAAAAUGCAAUACUUGUUCUACUUCAUAUACCAAAUUUAAUAAAACAAUUUGGUCCACCGUUAAAAGCAUCAACAGCUAUGUUUCGUUUACGUUUAUAUGAACUUCUUUUACUUAUACCAAUUAAAUUUUAUGAACAACAUUUUAAAGUUUUAUUAAGAGAAUUAGUUGCAGAAUUUACAUUAACUGAUAAUUCAUCAAAUACAACAACAUCUUUACUUCGAUCUGUUUGUCAUGAUAAUGAUAGUGUUUUACUUGGUAAGGAUUUAUCAAUAUUUUGA